AUGUGUAUGGCUGAUGAAUCCUUUGGUCGUCGUAUUCCGUUCUUGUUCUUACGAGACAUCCAAACCAAGUUUCUCAGUACGUUUACACAUGCCCAAGUGAAACAUGCACCGCCUUAUGGCAUGAACAGUUUCUCCAAUGUGAUUGAGACCCAAAUGACACAGUUUUCUUCGGAUCCCAGUCUAGACAAGUUUAAGCAAGUGAAGGGAGAGAUCGAUCAAGUAACGGAUAUUAUGACACAUAACAUUGAACGAGUGCUACAACGCGGUGAACGUAUUGAUCUGUUAGUGGAUAAAACCGAUGGGCUUAGUCAACAAGCAUUUGCAUUUAAAAAGAGAAGCACUAUCCUUAAGAGGAGAAUGUGGUGGAAGAAUAUGAAAAUCAUGACGUUGAUCUCUCUAGUGCUGUUCCUAAUAGGCAUGUUUACUUAUUGGCUUUCUCGGUAG